GGUAAACCUUUUUUGUUCAGGUCAAGAAUCGAAACACAAGACUCUCCCCAAUUCUCAACUUUUCUCUCCCCCGUUCAGUAUCUUCACCCAAGAUCACCACGCUCUCUAUACCAAACCUGUCUUGUCUGUUUCAUUGCCUCUUCAGAGCCAGCCCAGUUGACCAAAUCAAGUCCUGACAAGGCACACCCCCCCCCCAAAAGAACCAUCCCCCAAAGUUCCACAGAUAUGAGAAUCCCCGGCAUCACCACCGCUGCCGCCACCGUCGCGGCCCUCGCCGUACUGGGCCACGGCCUCGCGGUGCCGGAAGCGUCCAUCUCAGCGUCGACAUUCGCCGACCCACAGGCCGCGGGGCUGGCAUUCACGGAGCAGCCGGCAACCUCAAACUCAACCAUCACGGAGCUGGUGACCAGGGGCGAGCUUGCGGCGCUCGGGCCCAGCCGGAGAAGAAGAAAGGGCGCACGCAGACGGGCCAGGAAGCCAAAGAACAACAAAAUCUCAUGCUCCCCUCACCCAUGCGCGCUUGACUGCAACAGCAUUUUCACACUGGUCACGUUGGGUGUGGCCUGUGCCCUUUGCCAUAUCAUCACAGAUUGCCCGCCGAUUUGAUGGG